AAUAACUGUAAAUCAGGGAGGAUUAUUUCUUUUAUUCUAAAUGCAUUUGACAGUAUGAUACGUACUUGUAUCGUGUGAUAUAUUUUGAAUCAUGUUGUUUCUACUGCGAGGAAGCACAUCCCGUUGUCUCGGGAAAGUUUUCAGUAAAGUUAAGUCGUUUGAAUUCUGUCUUCCGUUGUUACUUAACCUCAAUGGACGAUCUCCACCAAUUUGUAGUAAGGUGUUCAGCUCAGAAGCGGGUUUAUACGUGUCCAAUGAAAAUGUUAAAAAGUACCUGGAUUAUCUUAUGUGUACGUAUAAAAAUGGGUAUGACAAAAGUUCGAAUGUCAGUGACAUUCUGAAAAUAGAAACAUUGCCAGAUUUAUUGAAUAAAAAGCUAAAGAUUCUGGAAAACAUACAGAGCUUGAAUGAUAUUGUUACCAAUGAUGAAGAAAUGAAGAAACUUGCUAAAGAAGAGAAUGUAUUGUACAUACAACAACUGCAGGAUAUUGAUAAAAAAAUACUAGAUGAAAUUUUGGAAAAGAUGGGUGCAGAACAUUUUGAGGAUAUUAUUAUUGAAAUAAUACCAGGAGUGGGUGGGCAAGAGGCAAUGCUAUUUGCUCAGGAAUUAAUGGAUAUGUAUAUGGGAUAUCUGAAUUACUUGGGACUAGAUUGUGAGAUAGUGGAGAUAAAACGUAACGAACUAGACGGUUUGAGGAAGGUUACUAUAGCUGUAUCGAGCACCAAAGCUUUUGACAAAUUAAGGUAUGAAGCUGGCGUGCACAGGGUACAACGAAAUCCGUCAACAGAGAAGUCUGGUCGAAUACAUACAAGUACAGCUGCAGUGUCGAUUCUACCAGCACCUAGGAAUAUAGAUAUUACACUGGAUGACAAAGACUUGAAGAUAGAAACGAAAAGAGCGUCUGGAGCAGGUGGCCAGCAUGUAAACACAACUGAUUCCGCAGUUCGAGUAACCCAUAUCCCUACUGGUAUAAGCAUAUCUUGUCAGUCGGGCAGGUCUCAGAUAAAGAAUAAAACUUGGGCAUUGAUGAGAUUGAAAAGCACGUUGUACGAACAAGAGUCUCAUAAGCAAACUUCAUUGAUCGUUGAAUUGCGCAAGAAGCAUCAGGGACUGAAAGACAGAAACGAGAAAAUUAGAACAUAUAAUUACUUACAAGAACGUGUGACAGACCAUAGAAUAUCAAACGGCACAAUUUACAAUUUAAAAGGGUUCAUGAAAGGUGGAGCAGGAUUGGACAAGCUAGUGGACAGAAUCCAUCGAGACAUGCAGCAGAGGAUCUUGCUUGAGGUAAUACAGCAGACAGUGAUCAAAUUGGAGUAGACGGUCGGGUUCAGUCAAUAUUCGCCACAUUUUUUGAUAAGAAACGACUUCAUUUUACAUAGGCAAGCCAUUGUA